GUUGCGCCUCGGUUGACAUUGUUGUUGUUGUGGGAGUAAGAAUGUAGUUUAUUGUCAAGUCUGUAUUGGCGUUAAAAACAAGUUCAACUUUUGGAUUAAAGCACAGCGGAGUGAAGAGUGGCUGUCGGCCGGGAUAAUUUGAUGUAAAGCGAAGGCUAGAAUGGGUCGCUGAGGGAGAAACUGUAGCUUCGAGGCCGCUCAAGCUCAAGGCGUGGUGGUACCAGUGCUGGUGCUUUGAGGGAGACUUGCUCUCCUGUGUUUUUCGCUGCCCUGAUGCCCCCCUGCAGCGCUGUUGCUUCAUGAUCACAUGACCGUGGAUAUGGACGCAGUCCUAUCCGACUUUGUCCGCUCUACAGGAGCCGAACCUGGACUAGCCAGAGACCUGCUGGAGGGCAAGAACUGGGACCUGACGGCUGCACUGAGCGAUUUUGAGCAGCUGAGGCAGGUGCACGCUGGGAGCCUGUCCUACACGUUUUCAGAGGAGAGGGAGCAGGCCGUGGCCGAGAGGGACAUGGCCAGGGUGGGCCGGCCUCUCCUGCACCGGCAGGACGAAGUGGUGCAAGCCACGGAGAAACGGCUAUCUCGGGGAAUCUCUCACGCCAGCUCCACAAUCGUGUCACUGGCCCGCUCUCACGUGUCCAGCACAGGCUGUGGUGGCACCAGUGAGCCGCUCCUGGACACACCUCUCUGCACCUUCCAGCUGCCUGACCUCACCGUCUACCGGGACGACUUCCGCGGCUUCAUCGAAAGGGACCUUAUCGAGCAGUCCAUGAUGGUGGCUCUAGAGCAUGCUGGCCGGCUAAACUGGUGGACAAAGUUGGGUCCAGGCUGUCAGAGUCUGUUGCCUUUGGCUACUAGUGGAGAUGGAAACUGUCUCCUCCACGCUGCCUCUCUAGGUAUGUGGGGCUUCCACGACCGUGAUCUGAUGCUGCGGAAGUCGCUCUAUGCGCUCAUGGACCACGGCCAGGAGAGAGAGGCACUGAAGCGCAGGUGGAGGUGGCAGCAGACCAUGCAGAACAAAGAGUCAGGGCUGGUGUACACUGAGGAGGAGUGGCAGAAGGAGUGGAAUGAGCUGUUGAAGCUGGCCUCCAGUGAGCCCAGGAUACACUACAGCACCAAUGGCACCAACGGGGCGGAGUCACAGGAGGAGCCGGUGUAUGAGAGUUUAGAGGAGUUCCACGUGUUUGUGCUGGCUCAUGUGCUUCGCCGACCUAUAGUCGUGGUGGCUGACACCAUGCUGAGAGACUCUGGAGGAGAGGCUUUUGCUCCAAUCCCAUUUGGUGGGAUUUAUCUUCCCCUGGAGGUACCGGCUAACAAGUGUCACCGUUCACCGCUUGUCCUAGCCUACGACCAGGCUCAUUUCUCCGCACUGGUUUCGAUGGAGCAGAAGGACAGCUCCAAAGAGCAAGUGGUGAUUCCUCUGACCGACUCGGAUCACAAGAUGCUGCCUGUGCACUUUGCUGUGGACCCGGGCAAGGACUGGGAAUGGGGCAAAGACGACGCCGACAACGUGAUGCUAGCCAGUGUUACUUUAUCUCUGGAGGCGAAGCUCCACCUGCUGCACACCUACAUGAAUGUGACAUGGCUUCCUCUACCUUGUGAGGUACAGCAGGCUCCCCUUGCCCAACCAGAGUCUCCGACAGCUUCAGCAGGAGAGGAUGCCCGUACGCCCCCUGACUCCGGAGAGUCGGAUAAGGAGUCUGUGAGCAGCAGCUCAAACGGUAACGGGGACAGCAGCGCCACAGGGAGUGGUGGAGCAGCAAAAUCUGGAGGUGGAUCCUCCAGCUCCUCAAGCUCAUCCAGCAACAGCUCCGCCGGAACGACUGGGACAUUGGGCAAAGAGAAGAAGGACAAAAAGGACAAAGAGAAGGACAAGGACAAAGACAAGAAGCGGGCAGACUCUGUGGCCAACAAGUUGGGCAGCUUUGGCAAGAGCUUAGGCAGCAAGCUUAAGAAAAAUGUAGGGGGUUUAAUGACGGGUAAGACGGCAACGGGCAGCGGGGGCAAGCCGUCCGAGGGCACAGAGAAGAAGAAGGGCUCUCUGCGGGGUCGCAAGGGCAGCAAGGAUGGCUCACCCUCUGUCCAAACUGGUUCUGAAGACUCUGGGAAAGGCUCGCCCUCUUCGGGAAGCGAGCGGCAGAACGGCAACAGCAGCUCAUCCGAGAGCGAUCCGUACAAGUAUAGCUCAGACGUCAAGGUGAGCCUGAGCAUCCUUCGGGCAGCCAUGCAGGGUGAGAGAAGGUACAUUUUUGCUGGGCUUCUGACCACCAGCAAUCGGCAGCCAUACCAAGAGGAGAUGAUCCAGAGGUACCUGGCUGAUGCUGAGGAACGUUUCCGGGCAGAGCAGGAGCAGAGGAGGGAGGCCGAGCGCAAGUCUGGAGUGGCAAAUGGGGUACAGCUCAAGAAAGAGCCGUCGGAUUUAGGCUACCGAAGCUUCGAGAGUAAAGAGGAUGCAAUAGACGGAGCUCCACCUACUUUCAAAUCGGCCUCUUUCAGCCCGUCAAUGUAUUCAGGCGUGGUUCCCAUCCCCAGACCCACUUUCAUCGACCAGUCUCCAGCACCACUUAGCCAGCACCUGCACAUGCAUGGCUACAUUGAUGCCCGCCGACAGCUGGCAGGCGGCUCGCCCUCUACUUACCCCGGCCUGCCAUCCUACGCCACCCUGCCCCGCCACUGCCCGCUGGCUCAAGGCCCUCCCCACCCUCAGUAUCACCCUCCUGUCCCCUCCGCCACGGUGGUCAGCCCGUCCCGCGUAACGCCCUGCUUCACUUCGUACGCCCAGGAGCAGGAGCCACUCGACUUUCUGGCCGACUCACAAGGAGGAGGCUAUGCUAACGGCCCGAGGGACCCGCGAUCCAAUUUGGACAGUCGCAGCGGGCCACCACCAGUCAGGCACUAUUCGUUGGGCAGCGCAGGCGGUUUAGCUAGUCUGCAGUCCAGCCGGUGCCGGACGCCCAGCUGCAACUACUACGGACACCCGGAAACCUGCAACUACUGCUCGUACUGCUACAGGGAGGAGCUGAAGAGGAGGGAAACGGAGCCGGCCAUCCACAGGUUCUAAACAGACACCUCAUCGUGACUGGCCUUCUGAAGGACUCUGUGGUGCCCUCUUCUCCAGCGGAGCCUCAGCACCUCCUGUCCUGUACCGGAGGAUUUCGCUUCAGACAUUAGACGGGCCCUUCCUUUGUCAGCUUCCUUUGGAGGGACUCUAAUCAGCCACGGAAAUGGCUGCUGACAUAAAUCGAGGUGUCCAUACCUCUGUUACAUUUGCAGUGGAUUUUAGGCAGGAGCUUUGUGCAAGCGCUGUCACCUCGUUUUUGUUUUUUUUUCGUGCAUUGUUGUCAUCGCCUUCAUACAUGUCUAUGUAUGAAGGGAUUCGUUUUGGGGCACGAAUUUGCUGCCGUGCAUUGCAUAAACACACCACAUGCAAAUACACCUCCCCCACAUUUAACAUUAACAUCAAGCACAACCAGAAGAUGCACAUUUGUACAGUUACCUAUGUACAAAGGACAUUCAGUGACUUAUUUGCGGCAUGUCAGAGAGGGACGAGUAGGGUUUCAGUUUAGCGGACGUAUUUUUUUGCCAUACAAUGUUAGCUAAAUCAUAGACGUCGGCACAUCAUGCUGUUAGCCAACGCUAACAACUGUUUUGUGUUGCUUGUAAGUCCGUAACCAAACAACACAAUGCUUUAGCUCUGACCCCUUUCUCUCAAGCCAUGUCCUGACUCGCUUAAAUCGGGCCAGCAGGAUGUUUUUUUGUGACUCGGUGCUCUUUUGCUCGUCUCGUACCUCCAAAAGACGCUCCGUGUCUAGCUAAACUCUUGAGGAGCAAAACCUUGACAGCCAAAGGUUUUACUGUAUAGUCACUCCAAGUAGUGGACGCUUUUGUUAAUAUUGCUUUUACGUGAAGUUUUGCGGUGGAGACUUUUCAGGUCAAAGAGCAGAACUAGUGGAUACAGCAGGCCUCUUCUUACAUUGAAGAGUUGCUGAUGCAUACAUGUUCAAAACAAGGACGGCUGACAAGGUGUCCCCGCAGUGGAGGUUGGAGGGAGAGGGGGUUAUAUUGCAAAACGUGGGGGGUAAAUGAGCUACUUAUUCAGUUUAUGCUAGUUUUGGGUUGAACCCCUUGCAUCCCAAGUCAAUACUACCUUAAUUUGAACCCAAAGUUAGCUUUAUGUACAUUUCAUUUUAUCUGAUAACAAACAUUUCCUUUUAAUUUAUACUAAGUGAAGACAACACUAGUCUAGUUCAUGGAAAAUGUGCAUCCUGCUGUAAUUAGCCUAUUUUAUAGAAGUCCUUACAUUACAUAUUGUAAUCCAAUGGUUUGUCCCUAAUCAACUAAAAUACUCAGAUGUUCGAUUAGAAGUAUUUCAAAAUGUCUUUUAAGGCGAUAUAUAGCGAAUAUAUACCCUAGACAUGCUGUUAAUCCCCUCCGAAAUACUAAAGAUGGGUCAGUGGACUUUUCUCUGCACAAAGUCAAGCACUUUUCUAAUGUCCAGAGGUCGAGUGUGGUUGCGUGCUUUUUCUUACGUUUGUGUUUGGUGUGUUGGUGAUGAGGAUGAUGACUAUACUAGACUGUUCUGCUGCUGUCUGGCUGUCGGACGGCGGCUCGGUCCCACGUUGGAGGCACGGUUUUUCAAACUCCACAGCGGAGUUUGGCUCUGAUUCGUGGACUUCUUGGCUUUAGGUGCCACUGUGUUGCGCUCAACCUUGCUGUUUCCUAGUUGCCUUUUUCAGUCUCGGUCCAGUCCUUUUGGAGAUUGUUGAACUGAACUUAAUUGUCAGUUUUUUUGUUUUUUUUUCUUUUAUUUCUUUUCUUUUUUUUUUUGGCCGUAAAUGCACUGAUAAAGGUCACGCAAUGGAACAUUUAUCAUUCUCCUUAGUUGAUAAGUUGCAUGAAGCCACAUACAUUGAAUACUGCUUUUACUACAUACCUGCACGUUGAAUAUCUCCCGCUGGUUGAGACAAAUAGUCUCCAUUAUUUAAACGAGACUGUGUUCCCUGUUAUGUGAGCACAGAGGGGAUGUCUUUGUACAGUUCACAUUUGUUAGUUUUAAAACUGGUGUGUAUGGAACCCUGUUAGAGGAAUAUUCCAGCGUUUUUCAACCAUCUGCCACGUCUGUUGGUCUGUAUGGUUGACUACCAUGGACGAUGUCAUUUUCCUGUACUGUAAAAGAGCAUAAACUCAAAACGGACUUACUAGAAGCCAGUGGGCAGUUGUUUUAGGUUGAAAAACACUGAAAAUUUUAUUUUAAUAACAUACUGAAACAGGGUUCCACAUGCCAGCAUUUCGCUCAGAAGUUACUUGUGUGCUAGUAGCGGGUGAAAGAUAUCUAUGCCAGGUGACUGUAGACUCCACAUUGGGCAUGUCGACUUGAUUAAUUGGUUUAACUCUGUUUUGGCUGUGUCCUGUACAAAGUGUAAUGUCUGUUGUACUGCUUAAAAAUGAAAAUCUAUCAGACUAAGCUAUCUAAGCUAUCUAAACUACACUUAGUGCUUCUAAAUUUGUCAACAGUGCUGCUGAAAUUUGAUCCUCGCUAGCACCACGGUUAAUACCCGAGUCCUCGGCUGAAUGCAAUAACUCAACUAAAGGCAUUUUUCUGUUGACUAAGACGUCACAGCUUGUCUGAGAGUUCCGCAAUUUUCCCUUUUUUAGCGCACCCACAAAUUUUGCACAACCACAAUCUGAAAACUGACAAAAAUAUUAACAUACCUCUUUUUACACAGUAUGUAUUAAGCAUUUUUGCAUUUGUUAUGGAUAAAGAGUUACUGAUUCUGUUCUUGUUCCCAUUUCACAUUUUCAGCACUAUAUAACGCCUUGUGCAAAGGUUUUGGCACCCAGGUUAAAUAUCUGCUGUUGAUUUUCUAAUUGUACUUCCUCUACAGGGAACAAACAUCACUUAAAUAUGUUAUUUUUCUACGUUUGGUUCACAGUUUCCAUUUAUUUGUUAAAUUCAACAUGAAUUCAACAAAUACAACGUAGAAUGUAACACAUGCUUAACUUUUAACACAUUUUCUCCAGCAAACAAACAGAAAUCGUGCAUUAAAAUGUGUUCCCUAUGCAGGAUGUGUUAACUUAAUUUCACUUUGAUAAUCAACAGAACUUUAAAUUUUCCUGAACUUUUUGCAUAAGACUGUAUGUGUAUGUAGUGGGGUCCAAAGGUCUGAGAACACCGAACAAGCGGAGUGAAAAAUAUCUUUGAUAUUUUAACAUGAAUUUCAGAAUUUUGUUAGUAUUUGGAACAGAGUUUACACAAGUUUGUGUAAAAGCCUCUAAUGAGUGAUCAGAUCUGCUUGAGAGUCGUCUCAGCUGGAGAUUUGCAUAAAUUUGAGUCGUGACCUGGAAAUAGUGCAGAAUCUCGAAUCUUCAUUUUAUUGGUCACUUUUCUGUUUAAAAUUUUUCAAAAUUUUAAAAUGUUCUGCUGGUUUAAAUGGAAAAAAUCCCAGAUUUUCAAUGUGCUCCCAGACUUUUGAACCACACUGUAUCUAUAUAAAGGCCCCUGAAGUAAAUAUGCAAGAUUUUUGGAGACCUGUGCAAAACUCAAAGGCAAAUUUGUGCCUUUACAGAUGAAUUUGAUCAUGUACUUCACUGGUUUGUCCAGUGGAUGGCGCAGUCGUAUCAUUUUUCUGAAGUUCUUCACUGCAUGGCUUAGAUCAGCUCAGAUCAUCAAAGACCAUCACUUUAAUCCCCAAAAAUAGAAAAGAGGAUUUGCAUUUUGCAGUUUUCACCAGAAAUACAACUUGUGCUGCUUUUUUUUAAUUAUUAUUUUUAUUUUUUGGACUGGAGAGUUUUCUCUGAGUGAGGCACAUUUCAGUGUAUUGCACAUAAUGAUGGACUCUUUUACAGCUUGUAUAGACCAUAACGUCUGCUCGGACGUCCGAUUACUACCCUGCUAACUCUCAAACAGAACGUUACUGUGUGUGUAUGUAUGUAUGUGAACGCUUAGGAUAGAUUGUUCACUCGCAAAAGUAUUGCAGCUUAAAGCCACAAGCAAGAAAUCGUCACUGAAACGACAGCUAAUUUCUGAACGAGUGAUCUUUCCUCUCUUCACAAUGUAACUGUAGCUCACAUUUAGCUCGUUCAUUAUUUAAAGAACGGAACGCUUCUUAAGACACAUCGAGCGUCGGACUUAAACAAGACUGCAAAGCAUUUUUUUGUAUUAAAGAUGACGGUUGUACAAAUACGUUCGAGUUAUUUUUGUAAACCAAAACCAGUUUUACAGUGUUUUUUAAAAAAAAAGAUGAGAAUGUAUCAUUUGCGGGACACUAAAGCGAAGGGGACGAGAAAGCGGUUGCAUUCGCCCGAAUUUGUAGUAGAGUCAGUAUUCAUUGGGGUGCGCGUUUCGGCUGACCACCAAGAGCCUCUCGGACGCUCUGGUUUCUCGUGAACACACUAAUUUCUUCCUUAACGACCUGACGAGAUGCUAUGAUUUGAAAAAAGUAUAUAUAUUUAUAGUAAGAUUUUUCAGAAGUUUCCUUUUGCAACGUUUAGUUCCGAAACUAGGAUGUUCUUUCGUAGUUGCCGAGCGGACGGGCCUCCCCGAGUUCCAUACAUGGCUUCUAUUUUUGACCUUUGUGUAAAAUAUUUUGAGUACAUUUUUAAAGAUUUAAACUUAAAGUUGGCAGUGACUGCACCUCCUAUCGGAUACGGUGGGCUUCAUUUUGUUAUUAUGUAACGAACUGACUAUUUUUAUAUUGUACAUUUUCAUGGAUGUGACAGAACUGCAGUCAUCAGCAUCUUCUAGUUUGCAUGAGACUGAAACUGUUGCAUGUACAGUACAUGGCAGAUGCAAUUCAUUCAAACCAAAUUUGUGCGAUACUUCUGGUUAAUUGGGCAAUUUGUGUUCUCAUUUCUUUCUUUUUUUUUUCGAGAGGCAAGCCCAGGCUGUGUGUGGCAGUGCAAUCGAGACAGAAAGAACAUCUGGUUUUUAUGUUAGUUUUGUUUUUUUUGUUUUUCUUUUUGCACCGUUUGAAUAAAAUUCUCAUUGUAUUUAAACACGAA